AUGAAGGGAAGGAGUGCAGAAGUGGCGGACAUGUUGAAGAGAAGGAAAGUUGAUGUGUGUGGGUUUCAGGAGGUAAGGUUUAAAGGUGAAGGUACGAGAGUCAUAAAGGGUGAAGAUAAUGGAGCAAGAUUUAAGUGGUUUUGGAAGGGAAACGGAAGUGGCACGAAUUGUGUUGGCUUUGCGAUAAGAGAGGAUUGGGCGAAGUCGGUUGUAGCAGUGAAGAGAGUUUCGGACAGAGUCCUGAGAGUUGAUGUAGUUAUUGAGGCCGUUGUGGUGUAUGCUCCGCAGGUUGGGCGAAGUGCGGAAGAGAAGGAAAAGUUCUACGACAGCGUGUAUGCAGUAAGAGCAGACAUUAGAGGGCGAUGUGUGAUGCUUGGUGAUUGGAACGGUCAUGUGGGAAGCGUAAACUGUGCGCAUGGAGGUUUUGGAGUUGGUGAUAUGAAUGCUGAAGGCGAGGCGAUAUUGGAGUUAGCAGCGAGUUGUGGGAUGGUGGUAGUGAUUACGUGGUUUAUAAAGGAAGAAAGCAAGCUUGUGACGUAUGAAUCUGGUGACAGUAGGACGGUGGUGGAUUAUAUACUGGUGAAUGAAGAAGAGAGGAAAAACGUGAAGGACGCAAAAGUUAUUGCAGGAGAAGAAUGUGUGACCCAGCACAAGCUGCUGGUCAUGGACUGGAGAAUCAGGAAGGUGAAAAGGAGAAAGGUUGAGGGUAAAGGCAGGCUUAAGCUAUGGAAGUUACGAUCGAAUGAAGGGAAGCAGUGUAUCCGUGACGAAAUUGCGACAUUGAAUGUUGAGGGUGAGACGGUGGAGGAGCGAUGGACGUGCUUGGAGAAGGGUGUUUUAAAGGCAGCGGAGAAGGUAUGUUGUAGAAGUAAAGGCGGUGUAGUAGAAGAACAGGCAUGGUGGUGGGAUCAACGAGUCAGCGAAGUGAAUGGCGCGAAAAAGUUGGCAUUUAAAAGGUGGAGAAAGUCGCGGACUGAAGCAGAUAGGAUCGAUUACAUCCGAUUCAAGAAAAAGGCGCGAAAGGAGGUGGCUAAAGCGAUAGAAAGACAUCAGAAAGAGCUUCUCGUGAAAAUGCAGGAGAAUGGACGAAAAGCGUUGUUUAGAACUGCUAGAAGGAGCAAGAAGGAGAGGAACGAUAUUUUGGGUGCUCCCGGCGUGCAGAACCACGAUGGGGAGUUGAAGGUGUUAUUGGAAGACAAGUUAGAAGUGUGGAGGGCGUACUGUGACCGUUUGAUGAAUGUAGAGAAUGAGUGGAAUGGAGAAGUUGAAGCAGAUGAAGUUUUUGGGCCGUGGGAAAUAGUGACUGUUGAUGAGGUGGCGGCGGCUCUGCGCAAGAUGAAGAAAGGAAGGCGAGGACCGAGUGAAAGCGAUAUGUUGGACAAUGAACUAGCGUGA